AUGGAAGUUUUACUCGGGAUAACUGGCAAGGACUUCACUCUGAUUGCUGCUUCCAAAGCUGCGAUGAGAGGUCCAACAGUUUUAACAGCUGCCGAUGAUAAAACAAGUAUACUGAACAAACAAACCCUCAUGGCAUAUUCUGGAGAGGCUGGCGAUACAAUUCAAUUUGCCGAGUUUGUCCACGCGAAUGUCCGGCUCUACAGCAUGCGCAACUCAACUGACUUAUCACCGUCAGCAGUCGCGCAUUUCGUUCGUGAUAAUCUAGCAUCUUCCCUUCGAUCCCGUAACCCGUACAAUGUUAACUUGCUACUGGGAGGGGUUGACCCUAUAACUAAUAAGCCCUCCCUUUAUUGGUUGGAUUACUUAGCCUCAUUGGCACCUGUUCCAUAUGCAGCUCAUGGUUACGCACAAUACUACUGCCUGUCUAUUCUAGAUAAGCAUCAUCAUCCUGGUAUAAAUUUUGAAGAGGGGAUAAACAUUCUAAAGAUGUGUAUAGAUGAGCUGAAGAGAAGGUUACCAAUUGACUUUAAGGGCAUGUUGGUAAAGGUAGUAACUAAGGAAGGGAUACAGGUUGUUGAAUUUGAUAAUGAAGCCAGGGUCACGUGUCAUUAG